AUGGAAUUCAUUAAACCGGAGUGGUUACGAACUCUUGGCGAAGGACGCAUAUACAAUUACCUCGCUGAUCUCUCGUCCCUUUUGACAAUCUCAUCGACGGCCUCUCGUCUACCUGUGUAUUUCCACUGCAGCCGAGAGAUCCGCAAACAACUCAGACAUUUCUUUGCUCAAUUUGAGCAGUGUGGGCCAAAAAAGGAGGCAGUCAUCAUGCAGACGGAUCACUCGUGUAACGGCACAGCUAGAAGCCGAAUUAUCAGGCGAAUGCACUUGACGAACAGCAGUCACAACUUGUGA